AAAAGAAAGAAAAGAAGUAAGAGGAUGUAGGUAAGACAUGUAACUGACGCAAGCAUAUUGACAUCUAUCAAGUGUGUGUCAUAGACAGGUGCGGCGGAGAGAAUCUGGUCAUUCUUUUAAAAUAAAACAUUGUUUGGAAAAAGAUAAUGAAUAAAACGGAAAUAAUGUAAGUUGAGGAUCACUGCUCUGAGUGACAUUAAGCAGAACCAGCAGAACCUCCCAGUGUGUUGUGCAGAAGUUACACCUCCCUGUUUGUAUUAUAUUUUAGUAUUUGGUCUUAAUUUGCUGCCAUGUCCUUUUUAACUUAGUUGAGUUACACCUUGAUUCAAAUUUACAAUGGUCAGCUGUGCGCACACAGAGGUGCGAGAGAAAUCACAGAGAUAUACAGUAUAUUAAUCAUUUUACACAGUUAGACAGAACAUUUCACUCUAUCAGCUAUUUGUUGCCAAGCCGUUUCCUGUUCAGUUUUUCUCUCGGGAGAACUCGGGAGUUUCGUGAGCCAAGAAACGGACCCCUGUUUAUGGUGUGGGCUGGGAACAAAUGUCGCCUCCUUCUAUUAUUUCUUGAAUCACUCCUCCUUUGUCUUGUUUUUACACUGACAGAAACCACCUGAGCUCCCAAGGGCUGAGCAGGGUGCCUGGUUACAUGUUUUUCAGUUCAGUGGCGACGGUUACAGCAAUGGAUAUUUUUCUGUUCCUGCUGGUCCAUAUUGUUGCAAGAGUCUUUUGCUACUCCUCAGGUAGUGUCGAGGAGAGCUGUGACGACUUGAAGCCUCACCACUCUGGCUGGAGUCCGGAAACAAGUCUAGCACCUUUUACAGUCACCACAGAUCGUGACACAUACACCUCUGGCGAAGAAGUAACAGUUUACUUGCGGGCUGUAGGAUCCACACCAUUCAUUGGUUUCAUAUUGCAAGCCAGAGAGGUAGGGAAACCAUUCACAGUGGGCUCCUUUGGUCUGAAAACAGAGGCUGCACAGCUGCUCAGCUGCCAUCAAAGACUUAACACAGCUGUGUCCCACACUUCUAAUAUCAAUAAAACCUUUAUUCAAGUGUCCUGGAAGUCAGAAGGAUUGGCACAUACUGACCCUGUCCACUUUCAGGCAUCCUUUGUGCAAAAUUACAAGAAGUUCUGGAUCAAUGUGACAAGUUCCAUGCUAAAGCCACUUAAGACAGUGAAUAUCUCCAGGGCUGGUUGUAGUGUCUCCAAAGUGUGUUUCAGUGAGCCUGCAAACUGUGACCCCACAGUCAGUACUGACUGUUUUUUUAUGUCAGCCAUGAUGUUGUCUGAUAGUAAUACAACAAUCCACUAUGAGAUGACAGGCCCUUCGAACGGAUACAUUUCGUUUGGAUUCUCUCAUGAUGAGAUAAUGGGAAAUGAUGACAUUUAUAUUUGUAUAAUCAGCAGCGAAAGUCAGGUGCUGUUGCAGCGAGCCUUUUCAACAGGUCGCAUUACACCCCAGGCAUUUCCUCUGGGAAAUGUCUCUGAUGUAAGAACAUCGGUGCAGGAUUCCAUAAUCAGCUGUUCUUUUACCUCCACGAACACCAUUUAUAUCCAAGGAUCUCCAAGGAUCAAUGAGGCUUAUCAUAUAAUGUUUGCUCAUGGACCCAGCACAAAUGGGAAAAUACAAUAUCAUGCACAUAGAUUUGUCAGUGCUCAGAAGAUUGACAUAUCCAGACCUCAGGAGGUGAGAAAAAGUGGACAGCCGCAAAUAAUAAAAGCGCACGGAGCACUGAUGCUAACAGCUUGGAUGACCAUGGGAACACUGGGUUUCAUAGUAGCUCGCUUUCUCAAAGGAAUGACCAAGGAAAAGAAACUGUGCGGCAAAGAUCUUUGGUUUUUGGUUCAUGUAGGAGUGAUGAGUGUGACGAUAGCAGCCACGGUUGUAGCCUUCAUCCUCUCCUUUUCACAUGUAAAGGCCUGGUCCUAUAAAGCCCAUUCGGUUUUAGGCUGCCUGGUUAUGAUCCUCUCUGCCCUUCAAGCAAUUAUGGCUGUGUUGCGUUGUGGACCAAAACAUCCACAGAGGUUUCUAUUCAACUGGGCUCAUGCAAUAAAUGGUGUGGUGAUAAAAUCUUUGGCUGUGACAGCCAUUUUCACAGGCCUUAAAGAAAUUGACAGUAGUCUCAACAACUGGCUCAUGAAAGUGAUGGGUGGAUUUGUCGGAUGGGACUUACUAUUCUACAUAUUCUUUGAGAUCCAAUCCAAACUGAGCUUCAGCAUCGGCAAUCUGGGAUCAGAUAUGAUGGCUGUUGCCCUGCCAAUAUCCACAUAUUUUCUGGGAAACUGCACGUUUCUGGUUACUCUCUUGGUGGGAAUUGGUAUGUCAUGACAUAAAUGACAUUUUUAUACACUUUACUGUAACGAAAUUGUAGAGAUGCUUGCAAAUGAUGUUUGGUAUUUUUUUUAGUCUAAAUUGUAU